UUCUCUCCUGCGUGAUUGGCUGCGGGUCAGCUCUGCCGUGCAGCAUCCACCGCGCCAGCUCCAGCAUCCCGACGCGAGCGGCAGCCGCGUUUGACACCAGCCUCAUCAACCAUCAUCCUCAUCUCUGACUCCAUCACAAAAAUUAAAGAAACUGUUCGCGUGGGUGUGUGCGUUUUCCUUCUCUUGCACUGGCGGCUCGUUUCGAGGAUGGCCGAGAGCGAGGCAGACACGCCGAGCACGCCGAUUGAGUUUGAGAGCAAAUACUUCGAGUUUGAUGGAGUGCGGCUGCCGCCCUUCUGCAGAGGGAAGAUGGAGGAGAUCGCUAACUUCUCCCUCAGAAGUAGCGACAUAUGGAUUGUCACCUACCCGAAGUCAGGCACCAGUCUACUUCAGGAAAUUGUGUAUCUCGUGAGUCAGGGAGCAGACCCAGAUGAGAUCGGCCUUAUGAACAUUGAUGAACAGUUGCCUGUCUUGGAGUACCCCCAACCUGGCCUGGACAUCAUACAGGAGCUGACGUCCCCUCGUCUGAUCAAAAGCCAUCUUCCCUAUCGAUUCCUCCCCACAGCCAUGCACAACGGAGAGGCCAAGGUGAUCUACAUGGCUCGUAACCCUAAGGACCUGGUGGUGUCUUACUACCAGUUCCAUCGCUCACUCAGGACCAUGAGCUACCGGGGAACCUUCCAGGAGUUCUGCCGGCGCUUCAUGAAUGACAAGCUGGGAUAUGGUUCCUGGUUUGAACAUGUUCAGGAAUUUUGGGAACAUCGUAUGGACUCUAAUGUCCUCUUCUUGAAAUAUGAAGACAUGUACAAGGAUCUGGGGACGCUGGUGGAACAGUUAGCCCGGUUCCUGGGUGUUUCCUGUGACAAGGCUCAGCUGGAGGGCAUGGUGGAGAGCUGCAACCAGCUGAUUGAGCAGUGUGGAAACUCUGAGGCGUUGUCCAUCUGCAGGGGUCGUGUGGGUCUGUGGAAGGACGUCUUCACAGUCUCUAUGAACGAAAAGUUUGACACGGUGUACAGACAGAAGAUGGGCAAGUCCGACCUGACCUUUGACUUCUGCCUGUGAGGAGGGCCCCCCUCCCAUACCGCCUCCCCACUCUCCAUUCCACUGAUCCACUUCAGUACAGUCAACAAGUGCACACUUCCUGCCAAAACCCACGCUCCUACAUCUCCAUUCAGUCAAUCAGUCUGAAGUUUAAUGGUACAGUCUGACAGAGGGAUUACACUACAAGACUCUUCCCAGAAUUCAAUGUCUCGAGUCAGCAAGUCAUCAAAAAUCCCACUCUUUUGGAUUAAUCAGAAUUAAUCCAGAUUUAUUAGGAGUUUAUUGAAAUUUCUCAAUCAGUAGUUAAACCAAACCUCCCUCAAGCCCUACCUCCACAGUAUGUUCCCACUGCUGUGUAUGUAUAUGUGUAUAUACUAACCAGGGUUCGACCGAUAUGGGUUUUUUAGGGGCCGAUACCAAUACUUUUGAGCUGAAGUAUUGGUCAACAUUUAUAUUUAAAAUCCUAGACUAUGGCUGUGUUAAUAACAGGGAUUCAAGCUACGUGUUGAUAUUUGUGGCUGAAAUACACAGAAAAUCAUCAUCAUCAUGUCAAUAUGUCUGGACAGGGAAAAAAACACGCCAGUUCAUGAUUGUCCCUCUUCUGGGAAAGGCUGCUCUCUCCGCAUACCCUUGUACAAUUUCUCCUCAAAAGAAUUAAUUGUGCUGCACGCAAAAAGUGACAGAGGUAGUUGUGUAAAGGAUUAAAAAGGAGAGCUUUAGAGAGGUUCAAAUCCACCUCUGCACACUUCGCUUGAAGCGGGCGUGAUUGUCGAAUUGCUUUUCAAUGAUUCAACAAGCACUUUGUUUAAAGCAUACUGCGCUUGAACGUUUCUUGAAUCAUCAGUCUGGCCCCCCUCAGUCCAGUUUGCCCUUGUGGAUCCUACUGAAGCUUUUGUCCCUGACAACACAGGUCCCAGAAUUCUUGGAGGGGUUCUCAGGGUGGCUGGACUGGCCCAGUGGGACAGUGUGAGAAGCUCGGACAUUCAGCUUUCAGUGCACCAUUCAUAAUUCAGGGAUGGUCCACCUGGGAGUGGACCCUGGGGCAGACCCAGAACAUGCUGCAGGAAUUAUAUAUCCCAUCUUGCCUGAGAACGCAUUGGGAUCCACUUGGAGAAGCUGGAGGAAGUAGCCAUGGAAACGUAAUGUAUAUGUAUGUCUUAGACCACUUGUUGGAUUGGUGGUGAAAAUCUUGAGGAUUUUUUUGCUCUAAUGUUUUUGUCUAGAGAGAGGAAUGAACACUUGGGCCGCUUAGAAGGGAUAUUCGAGCAGUCUGGGGCUGAUCAAAGGGGCACGUUAGCAGGAAUUGUCCUUAACGCAACUGUGAGUAUGUGAGGGUCCGCUAGGGCCUUAUUACAACAUUUUGUCAUCAGAGGGUGCACCAACAGAACUACUACGUGGUCAUGUCAUAUCUGUCUUGUGACCCAGCCUUUAAAUUGAUUUAUUUGUAUUAUUUAAAUAUUAGUCAUCACUUUGACUUGUGAUGUGCAGUGUUGAUCAACCACAAAUAUCUGUAAGCAGCCUCUGUGAUUCCCACUGAUGGUUCUGGUCAGGUGAAUGAACCCUAACCCUAACCACAUUUACACAAUCAGGAGACACUAAACCUCUCCAGAGAAGGCCAGGCUAAUGAAACUGUUUUAUUGUUCGGAGCUCUGUAGGUCAGGCCAUACACACCUGUUUAUUGGUGGGGAAACUGGAAUACAUUACUGCCUGGGUGGUGAAAACAUGUUGAAAAGACAACUUAGGUACAAUUGCUGAAUAUGACAUAUUUACAGCUAUAAAAUGUCAACAGAUUUGCUGGUUACAUUAUAACUGAACAAACUGCCCAAAGAGAAUUACAGUUUUUACAGACAACACCAAUAUCUGCCCUUUAAUCUGUCAACCCCAUAUAUCGGUCUAACCCUGAAACUGAGUGCAUUAGCGGGUGUCUUGAUGCAGCAAUGGCUCCGAGCCAGGUAGACGCAUGGAAGGUAACCGGAAGAGGCAAAGCCAAACCUGUAGAGAGGAAGCCUAUCACGCCUAAAUCGACCCAGCAGCUCAGUGUCACAGCUGAGCGAUUGCUGUGUUAGAUGAUCAUUGUUCUUUUUUUGUUUUUUUCUGCUCCAAGCGGUGCAGGGUUCUCAGCCUCGAUCCCCGAUUGUCACCGGACACUUAUGUAUGAGCGUUACGUGUGUAUACGGAUGUGUGUGUUUAAGAAUGACAGCGAGAGAGAGACACAGAGAGUUAUAUCUUGUCAGUGCUCAGUGACACCAUCAGAAUGCAUCAGACUGACUUAGACGUCACCUUCAAAGAUUCGUCAUUGAUCUUUAAAUGCACUAUGUGUAGAGUUGAAUAAUGUGUAACUUUAUCCUGCUCAGUAGUAGUAUCAGAAAAAACGCAGCAGUAGAUUAGAUACUGAAGAGACAAAGAUGGCAUCAGUUGGCACUAGGUUUAUUUUCUCCUUACUCUAAAACAAAAGCUUAUGCCAUCAGAAAAAAUGCUAUAAUUAUGUCCAAAUUCUACAAAUGAUGGCUUUAAGGAGCAGCACACUCCUCUCUCUUUUAACUGAUAUUUUGUACAAACAUAGUGGUCAGCAUUUGAGACACAAUUUGCUGCACUGUAUUUGCCAUAUAUCAUAAAAUAUAUACCCCCUCCGGUGGUUAAAAUGAGCAGCUGCUGUUCGGUUGCAGAUGCAGCUGUGCCAAACACAGUAGCUAAUACUGUAUGUAAUGUAUUGUCUCCCAGCUAUAUAGGUGGUUUCAUGUAGACAGACAUUGAAGGUCAAGACAAUAUGCAAAUGCAACAAUUAUAAAAGAUAUGAGACAAAGAAAAAAAGACAUUCAGAUAUAUAUACAUUGUACAGAGACACCUACAUAUAUAUGUGAAUGAAAGGUAAACAAGAGCCGGAGGAGAGGAGAGGUAGAAAGCUAAAAGCAUAUGCAAAGACUAAAACCUCAAGGCAACAUAAACAGGAUACUAUGGUAUUUAAAAAGUACAUGACAUUUCUCUGUAUCUAACAUACAGGACUUACAUCAACAACACAGAGCUCCAAACUAUGGCUAAAUAAAUUGGGCCCCUACUGACCCCAAAAUUUGAAUAAAGUCUUUAAUCUACAAGAUAAGGUAAUAAUGCUGCAGCCAACUGUGACCAAGUUCAUUUCCGUUUUUUUAACACAUUAUCUCCAUUGUUCCGACAGCCCAUUAUUCUGAAACCCCCAAAGUCUGAAAAAUGUCUCAUUGGACUGAAAGCCUGUUUGUCUGACAGAAAAUGCACACUCUGGUAUCACCAGCUUACCUGCGUAACUUAACUGAUGUAACUAACACACUUAUAGUAACCCAAAUCUUUUCCUAAACUUAACAAGGUAACCAUGUUUAUCAUUGUUACCAUUGUUACCAUGAUGACAAAGGUCACCUGACUUCGUCCUUUCCUGCAUGUCCAAAUAGACUAAGAUAUUAAGGGCAAAAACCUCCAUAUACAGUGUGUAUUUUCUCAAAAACGGGCUUCGCCCAUGUACCAAGUCCUUGCUACAGCGGUUUUGAUUCCGACCUGUGGACCUUUGCUGCGUGUCAUCCCCUCUCUCUCUCUCCCCCCUUUCCUGUCACUCUUCAGCUGUCACUAUCAAUGAAAGACAAUAGAGAAAAAAAUCAAAAACAGAAACUGGCCUUCAACAGUGGGCUUGUGGAAUAAGGGGCUUUUGGGCAAAUGGGCUUUCAGUCCAAUGGGACGUUUUUCGGACUGUUGGGGUUUCGGAAUACUGGACCGUUGGAACAAUGGGCAGUCCCCAGACGCAAGUGUGUACGUGUAAAUGGGGCUCUUGGGAUCUGUGGAGCUGCUUUGCCUGGUUGGUAAUCCACACACUAUUUUCCUGUGUGAACCAUGCUACGUAUUACUGCUGAUCGAUGAACAGUGUCCUUUCUCUCUCUUUCUCUCUGUCUUCUGAGAAAUGUCAGGUUUUGGCUGCAGGAGAGGAGAGAGCAGAGUAUUAACCCAUAACCAGCAUUAACUGUAUUCUGCUACUCACUGUAGUGUAUCUGGAGUCAGACUAUUAACCCAAGGCAUCACGUACAACCAGUCCAGCACCUCCUCCUCUUCCUGUGUUGCCACAGUAGUUUCCAGUCCAGCAGCCCAGUCCCUGCGCUCUACCAGACACUUGUGAAUGUCUUUAUUGUGUGGAUGUAAACGACAACCUCAGCACACACUCGUCAACGCCGCCUCUUUUACGGCUGCUCAUUCUUUCUUGUCAUUGUUCUUUCUUCUCUGUGUCACUCUGUUUACAGCCGUUGGCAAGGCUUCCGCUGCCCAUCUCCACUUUAGUAGUUUGUUUGGGUUUUUAUACAUGCCUGUCUCUGUUUCCUGGGCAUCUUGCGUUGUAUUUUACAUGCUUUGCUUGCUGGUUUAUUAAUAAAGUUGUGUCUUCAGGCAAUAA